AGAAUUAUCCACCAUUUCCGAAUUCGUCAUCUCUCUUUCCCCGCCUUCAUUCUCACUCUUCUUCUUCUUCUUCUUCUUCACAGAAUAAAAUAGCUGAUCGCCAAUUUUAAGAAUUAUCACAGUGAAGACAAAUGGAUCUAAUCUUCUCCAUUACCUCUCCCUCCUUUUACGUCAUUCUUAUUCUCAUCUUUCUUCUAUCCAGUACCAGAGGUAUUUCAGGGACUACAUUUACCUUCAUCAACAGGUGCGACUACACCGUGUGGCCCGGCAUUCAACCCAAUGCCGGGACUGCCGGGUUGGAUACCACCGGUUUCGAGCUCCGUUCAGGCGGCUCUCGCUCCUCCCAGGCUCCGCCCCCCUGGUCCGGCCGCUUCUGGGGCAGAACCGGUUGCAACUUCGAUGCUGGUUCUGGUCAGGGGAGAUGCGCCACCGGCGAUUGCGGCUCCGGCCAGGUGGAGUGCAACGGAGCAGGAGGGAGCCUCCCGGCGACACUGGCGGAGUUCACGAUCGGGUCGGGCACCCAAGACUUCUACGACGUGAGUUUGGUGGACGGGUACAAUUUGCCAAUGCUGGUGGAAGCGAGCGGCGGGUCGGGAGCGUGCGCGUCCACUGGUUGCGCGACGGACUUGAACCGGCAGUGCCCGGAGGAGCUGCGGGUCGGGUACGGGGAGGCUUGCAAGAGCGCUUGCGAGGCGUUUGGGAAGCCGGAGUUCUGUUGCAGCGGCGCGUACGGUUCACCCGCCACCUGCAGGCCGUCGGUGUACGCGCAGAUGUUUAAGUCGGCUUGUCCGAGGUCGUAUAGCUACGCAUACGAUGAUCCUACGAGUACGUUUACGUGUACUGGAGCAGAUUAUACGAUUACCUUCUGCCCUUCUGUUACAAGCCGGAAAUCUUCAAGAGAUUCGUCUCCGGUGACAGCAACCGCAGGAGGAACGGCAGUAGGGUCCGGAUCCGGGUCGGGUUCGGGGCAGACCCCGUUAAUGGCUGCGGGCAACAGCAGCUCCUCUUCGUCGUUACCGAACUUCGCCACCGGAGACUCAUCUACGCUCCUCCCAUUCUCCGCCUUCACCAUUGCUUCUGCAAUUUCCUGUCUCAUCCUCUUAUAGUCUCUCUCUCUCUCUGCUUCGUGAGCCUUUAAUGGCGACUAGGGUUUUGCAAAUUGAGGAAGGCUAGCUAGCUGCAGCUGACGACUUCGAGAUCUGAGUGUAGAGCCCCGUUUUCCACGCCACCUGUACAGAAAUUUCAUGCAAUAUUUAUGUUUAUACUUGGUACUUUUUUUUUUGAAAUUUAGAUUUUUUAAAGAACCUGUAAGAAAUUGUUGUGAAGCAAUUGAUUGGAAAGACGAGGAAACUUUUUUGGAAGUGGGUGUAGCUCAUUUGGAAUGAAGAGAAAAUUUUACUUUGCUUAA